AUAGUCCAUCUCGAAAUGUUGUCUAAAUUGGGUUGUCUGUUGUUUGUUCUCUCGUUUGGGAACAGCUUUUGUUUAAGCCAAGAUGAUCUGCCAGAGAUAGACACGCCUUUGGGCAGAGUUCGGGGAUAUUGGAAGACAUUAGAUAACAUAACUUAUGCUGCUUUUGAGGGAAUCCCGUACGCAAAACCACCAGUGGGCAAUCUGAGGUUCGAGGAACCUGAACCCAUAGAGGCUUGGUCAGAAACCUUGGAAGCAAACACUGUUCACACGUGCAUUCAAGCUACGUUUCGUUCAGGUGCAGAUGACUCAAUAUUUGGAGACGAAGAUUGUCUCUACAUGAACGUGUACGUCCCUGAAGAUUCCGUGAAGAACCCGAAAGUACUCAAUGUGAUAGUUUCAAUCCAUGGAGGUGCUUUUAUGGCGGGCAGUGGACUUAUCACUUUUAAUACGUUACUAGAGAAAGACGCUGUGCUUGUAUCUUUCAAUUACCGUCUUGGUAUUCUAGGAUUUCUAAGCACGGAAGACGAUGUCAUACCCGGCAACUACGGAAUGAAAGACCAAGUCUUGGCACUCAAGUGGGUCAGGGACAAUAUCGCUUCGUUCGGGGGAAACCCCGACACCGUCACCGUAGUCGGUAUAUCAGCGGGCGCAAUCAGCGUCCACCUCCACUAUUUCUCUCCACUCUCUAAAGGUUUAUUCGUCAAGGGGAUUUCGCAGAGUGGCUCGGUUCUAACACCGUUCGUGAUCAGGACGCCCCAGCACGCCUUGAAACGUGCCAAGAAGCUCGGCGGUUUACUGGGCUGUCCUGACACUUCCUCGGAAGAACUGAAGAGCUGUCUCAAAGAGAUACCAGCGCGAACGGUGACAAAUCAAAUGCAACAUUUCCUUACUUACGCCAAGGUGGCGCCACUAACGCCUUUUAGUCCGAUUGUGGAAAAAGCAUCACCAAACGCUUUCUUAGACGCAGAACCUUACCAGCUCUUGAAGGAAGGUAAAGUUCUUGAUGUGCCUUGGAUUACUUCCGUUGUUACUGGUGAGGGACUGGUUGUCACGGGAUAUUUAACGCCAAGCUUGGAAGAGAUAAACGAGAAGUGGUCAGAAGCAUUUCUCGAUCUGCUGGAUUUGAGUGACAGUCUAGAUGCAUCACAAAUGGAGACAGUGCCGAAGGAACUUUUGGACUACUAUUUGGGACCAGGAGAAGAGAUCAAUAAGAAGAACUUCAAAAAAUUUACGCAGAUUGUCUCGGACAGGUAUUUUGCUACCGGUGCAGAACUGUCAGCUAAGAUGCAAGCCAAUGUAAACAAAUCUCCUGUAUAUUUUUACAUAUUUAACUACACUCAGGGUGAAAAUACAAUGGAUGACUUAUAUCCCGAACGUUUAGAAGAAGGUACAGGUGUUUCACAUGGUGAGGACGCAGUCUACUUCUAUGGGAUGUUGCGUACAUAUCCGUUCUCAGAACAGGAUAAACGCUUGAUUACUGCUUGUCAUAACGUGUUGUACUCGUACGCCACCAGCGGCAUACCUUCUUUCGACGGGACAGACAUUUGGCAACCAACGGGAUCUGAAGAGCUGACUUUCUUGGUUGUCAAUGGACCAGAAGACAUGAAGAUGUACAAGACUGAAAAUUUGACUCCUGUCGACUUUUGGAGCAGGCUCGGACUCUUGGAAUAUGAAAAUGUUGUUGUAAAAAACGAACCGUAGUUUCCUCUCAGUAUCUUAUGUAUUUUAUGGACAAUUUUAAUUUAUUGUUAUGAAAUAUUAUAUUUAUAAAGCGUAUGCAAGAAAAAAAUAAAAAAA